UGCGCGGCGCAGGAGCCGCCGCCAACCGAGGGCCGGGCGCAGCGGCUGCGGCCGGGGCGGGCACUGGGGCCAAGCGGACGGGGGGGGGUGCGGGCCCCUCGGGAGGCCUCAGCCACUCCCCUCCCCCCCGGACCGGUGCGGCGGGGGAGGCGGAGGAUGGAAACACCCUUCUACGGCGAUGAGGCGCUAAGCGGCCUGGGCGGCGGCGUCAGUGGCAGUGGCGGCGGUAGCAGCUUUGCGUCCCCGGGUCGCCUGUUCCCCGGGGCGCCCCCGACGGCAGCGGCCGGCAGCAUGAUGAAGAAAGAUGCGCUGACGCUGAGCCUGAGCGAGCAGGUGGCAGCAGCGCUCAAGCCCGGGGCCGCGCCGCCCCCAGCCCCCUUGCGCACAGACGGCACCUCUGGCUCGGCGCCGCCCGACGGCCUCCUCGCCUCACCGGACCUAGGGCUGCUCAAGCUGGCCUCGCCCGAACUGGAGCGUCUCAUCAUCCAGUCCAACGGGCUGGUUACCACCACGCCGACGAGCACGCAAUUCCUCUACCCCAAGGUGGCGGCCAGCGAGGAACAGGAGUUCGCCGAGGGCUUCGUCAAGGCCCUGGAGGACUUGCACAAGCAGAACCAGCUGGGUGCGGGUGCGGCCUCCGCUGCGGCAGCGGCCGGGGGACCCUCCGGCACGGCUGCUGGUGCCGCGCCUCCCGGAGAGCUGGCUCCGGCGGCGGCCACGCCCGAAGCGCCAGUCUACGCUAACCUGAGCAGCUACGCGGGCAGUACCGGGAGUGCGGGGAGUGCUGCGACUGUUGCCUUCGCCGCCGAGCCCGUGCCCUUUCCGCCGCCACCCCCGGGCGCACUGGGGCCGCCGCGCCUCGCCGCGCUCAAGGAUGAGCCACAGACGGUGCCCGACGUGCCGAGCUUCGGUGAGAGCCCGCCGUUGUCGCCCAUCGACAUGGACACUCAAGAGCGCAUCAAGGCGGAGCGCAAGCGGCUGCGCAACCGCAUCGCUGCCUCCAAGUGCCGCAAGCGCAAGUUAGAGCGCAUCUCGCGCCUCGAGGAGAAAGUGAAGACACUCAAGAGCCAGAACACGGAGCUGGCGUCCACUGCGAGCUUGCUGCGUGAGCAGGUGGCGCAGCUCAAGCAGAAGGUCCUCAGCCACGUCAACAGCGGCUGCCAGCUGCUGCCCCAGCACCAGGUGCCCGCGUACUGAGCCCGCGCUUGGGGCGCAUGCGCGGCCCCCCUCCCCGAGAGGCGGGCUUGCGUGGGGGGGCGUGGGUGUCCCGGACUUGGAGAGGGCGUGGCCCCGGGGACGCCCCCGGAUGGUGCCAGGACUCAGAGAGGGCGCCUCAGACUCGACAAGCUGGACCCCCUGCUCCCGGGGGGCAAGCGCAUGACUUCCCCCGCCCCCUGCCCUCGCGCUGCCUCUGACCUCUGCGCGUGGCCGCCUGAAUUGCACAAACCCGCGCGCCCGGCCUCCCCUUUGUACGCACCGCCGCCGAAGAGGGUUCCGAGGGGGCGCAGCCUGAAGCCCUGCGUUGCCUUUUUUUUUU